AGACAAGCACCUGCACGCAUCCAACGGCUCGAUAGGCAAACGCAGCAGCCUCAAGAAGAAGCGCGGCGCUGUGGACAGGACUGACCAGAUUGUGUUCGAUGGCAAACAUGUGCUGGAGCAACUGCACGGGGCAGGCAUCAUCGAUAUCGUACGGAUAUCACAGGCAGGCUAUCCCUACAG